GCUGCGAUUUAAAACCAAAUUAUUAAAAAAAUGGGGUAAAAUGAGAAAUUUUUUCAGAAAAAGUGCCUGACAGAGACAGGCGUAGCAGGAAAUACUAAAAUAAUAUAGUUAAAAUAAAAUAAAAUUCUGAAAAUCCUCUGGUUCAGGGCGGCCAUGGAAAAUUACGAGAAUGACGAGGCAAUCGAAAAGCAAAAAGAGAUAUUUUACCAGAUUGUAUGGUCGUGCUUGCGAGAUUACCCUCAGACACGCCUGAGGCCUUUACCGGUGAUGAUCGCGCAAGGGAAGCACGUCGACCUUUUCGAGGUAUCGACGCGGGUUCGAGAUCUGGGAGGCUUCGACGCCGUUACUCAGAAGAAGUUAUGGCCGUCAAUUGCGUCUGAAAGUCUGGGGCUAGACCCUUCCUGUGGCGCGGCUUUGAAGCUGGUGUUUCUCAAGUAUUUAAAGCAGCCGCAGAAGUGGCUGCAGAGGGGCUGCACCAGCAGGGCCCGCGGUUCCAUCGUGGACGGGCCUGUACAGGAUUCUAGGGCGGAGAGGAAGAAGGCGUCGAAGAGGCGGAGGGAUUCUCUUGCGGAAAUGUUGGAGUCUUUAAGAUUUGUUGCGAAGAAUGCUGGGAGCGAGCUUAAGGGCGCGUGGCUUGAGGAAUGCGUGCCUAGGGCUUUGAAGGCCAGGGCGCUUUUGUUUGGCUCUAGUGGCAAUUUUGCUCUAAAGGUCGAAUUUCAUCCGAAUUUCAUGGCCGUCGAAUUCGAAUUCGAAUCCGAACCUUGUGACUUAGAAGGUAUGUACCAGAAACAUGUUCCCUGCUGUCCCCCAUCCCCGAGCUCUAAAUGCCAUGGAGCGUACGAACAAACCCUUGAGGUAAGGUAAUACAAUAUGGUACUCCUCAUGGAAGAUGUCAUUCCACACUAUAUCUCCAAGAGGGUAACAAACACGUCAUAUUCUU